AUGGAAGAGAUGCUGGUCGUGGAGCAGGGCGUGGUUAAGGCGCAGCGGUGGGCGUGGCUGGACGACAUGCGGAGCUGGCUGCCCGUGAACAUCCCGCUCAGCCACCGCGGGCCGUUCCCGCACUGCCCUGACGUGAAGAGCGCCAAGGGCGAGUUGUUGCGAACGGUGAGCACGCUGUGCGCCGCGUUCGGUGACGACGCAACGAAGCUCGUGGUUGGUGGGAUGCGUCGCAAUAGAAAGUGGAAGAUGAGCUUCAAGCUCAGCGAGGACCCGCACGCGGAGAGGCUGCUGCCUGACGAUUGGUUUAUCAACGAGAACUGGGCACUGAUCGCCUACGCCCUGUGGCCCGCGGCGGGCAGCGCGUGCUACGGCGGUGCCGACUACAGCGCGAAGCAGCAGCGCGCGAUCGAGCGCGGCACCUACGACGACGAGUACGAGGACCCCGUGAAGAAGUACGUUGCCAACUACUACAGUAAGGAGCGCCGCGCGCCGCAGUGCGACGACACGCGCUACAGCACGACGCAGCGCGGCAUCGGCGACACCUCCGACGACGGCUACGCGCCGCGCGGCGCCGCGCACUCCAGCAACGACAUCGCCGACGACGGCUGCGCGAAGCAGCGCGACGGCGGCAACACGACGCAUCAGCACGGCGUCACCGAGCAGGUGGCGACCGCGGCCGACGAGUACAGCAAGAAGUCCGGUAAGCCUAAGCAGCAAGCAGCCGACGCUGUCGAAGACGGGAUCGUCGGGCUCGUGGGCGGACGUCAAUCACGGCUCGAUCUCAUGAUGGCCGUGCUAGCUUUGGACGGCGGGCAAAUGGUGCUCGGAGACGCAUGA